GGCCUCGUAAUUUUCAUCAGCCAAACAAAGAACAAUGGAAGCCAAUACUCUUCUAAGAGCUUUGAAUCCUUUCAAAAUCAGGCCAAAAUUUUGUGGGUCAUUCACAGUUAGAUGCUCUUCCUCUUUUUCCUCUAUCAAGAUUCCCACUGGGGAAGAAAUGGGGAAGAGAGCAUAUGAUGGACUGUUGUUGGAUGCAGCAAAUACACUUCUGCAAUUGACCAAGCCAGUUGAAGAGACUUAUGCUUCCAUUGGCAAGAAAUAUGGGCUGACAACUUCUCCAGCUGAAAUAAAGCAAGGUUUCAAAAGAGCUUUUGCUGCUCCAUGGCCAGAAAAUCUUCGUUAUCAGGAUGAUGGCCGACCUUUCUGGAAGCUUCUUGUUGCUGAAGCAACUGGUUGUAGUGACAAUACCUAUUUUGAAGAAGUAUACCAGCACUAUGCAAGUGGUGAGGCGUGGCAUCUUCCAGCUGGAGCCUAUGACACCAUAGUAGUUCUGAAACGUUCAGGAGUCAAACUGGCCAUUGUAUCCAACUUUGACACCCGGUUGAGGAAGAUAUUGAAGGAUUUAAAUGUGUUUGAUCUAUUUGAUGCCGUCAUCGUCUCUUCAGAGGUUGGAUCCGAAAAGCCAGAUAUUAAGAUAUUCAGAGCUGCUUUAGAUCAGAUAUGUGUGGAAGCAACAAAAACUGUUCAUGUCGGAGAUGAUGAAAAGGCUGAUAAAGGAGGAGCAAAUGCUGCUGGAAUUGACUGCUGGCUAUGGGGUGUAGAUGUGAAGUCAUUUGCGGAGAUACAGAACCGCAUUCUAACAGCGCCAUAGCUUUUUGGGUAGUGGCUCUUCCAUCUGGAUGGUAGAGCUUGACUACAUCCAACUAUUACUUUUAGGGGGAAGCUUCAAAAUACUGUUGUUUUUGGGUGAUCACUACGUCAUCGAUUAAUCGUCUAUGCUUCACUUUUAUAGUGUAAAGUUAGGUUGUAGGGGCUAACUUUUAAUAAGCUUCAUGCUUGGAGUUCUGCACAGUUGUACUGUAAUUAGACCAUGAUAAUAAGAAAAACAUCCAUGAGCACUCAAAA